UUGAAAAUAAAUGUGGAUGAUAGAGUGUCAGUUAUAUGAUUAAAGGCUUUCAUUGAGACGCGUGCGCAUGAAAAACAAACGGACAAAGAGAUAUGGCGUCGACGAGUGAAGCUAUUGUGGAAUUAGAAGAACUUCUGCCAACUGCGAUUUUAAAACAAGAUGAUACGGGACAAAAUUCAGAAACACAACUAACAACAGCCUGUAUACAAGAACGACCAACGCCAUCGCCACAAACGACUUCCCAGGAGUCCGGACCCAACAAUCUGGAACCACCUAAGUCAAGUGCAUUUUAUAAGAAGACAUAUACCAGUGGAAAACUCCGCUUUAUCAAAGACAACACACACUUGAGUGAUGCAAAAUUCAUCAAGAUUAAUGCUGAUGCUGGGGACAGUGAAAGUAUUAUGCAGCAAGUGGCGGAAGGCGUUGUUAACAAGCUAUGGAGAGUUCAUCAUAAAAAUAUUCUGCUGUCAGUCACUUCCGGUGCGGAUGAGUUGGAUGAAGCAGGUAGUGAAGCAUUCAAAGAAGGCAUCAGACAUAUCUUACCAGGAACAUGUAUAGUGACUGGCGGAACCAACGAUGGAGUUACCCGACUUGUCGGAGACGCUGUACAUGAGUUCAACAACCGUGCACACUAUGAAGAACACGAUACAAAUAAAUGUCCAACUAUUGGAAUAGUCUGUUUGGACCGCCUUGGACGGAAUAAGGACACAAUAAAGCCUUGGGAACUGACCAGAGGAGUGUUCGGCAUUGACUCAGAUGGUGAGCUGUUUACCGUCGAUAAUAGAGGUGAAAGGUAA